ACUGUUUGAAGACAGCAAUGAAUGAAGGCUCUAUAGGAAAUGGAUUCUACAUUGCAGGCGCAGCGAACGUUUACUGAAUUGAAAACACGACAGGCCUACAUGACAGGCCAGCAUUAUUCUGGGCAAAGGUGGUGGUAUUUGUGUAAAAUAUUUGGCAACAAUGCUGGACACCAAUCGAUAUAAUACCUUAUUUACAUAAAACAGGAUGAAUAUUCUUUGUUUUAUAUCUCUGUUAGUUGUUCGACAUUCCUAUGUCAAUUUCAUCAAGCAGACGCGACAUCAACUAUAUCCUACAACAUACACAGCAAAAACUGUGGUGUUAACCGGUGUACAUAGAGGACCACACCAGUUGUUUUACACCGGUGUUAAAUUGGUGGUGUUAGUUUUACACCCAUAGGUGUUAUUACAACACCUUUGGUUGUUAUAUUUACACUCUUUGGUGUUAUGUUCAAUCUCUAGGGUGUAGUUUAACACCUCAGGGUGUGGUCCUCUGUUAACACCAACUGGUGUCAGUUUUAACACCACAGUUUUUACAGUGUAUAAGGGCACAAAGUCAUUCGCUUUUUCCCUUGAGAACAGGUGGAUCUGUGCCGAUUAUUAAUCGUUUGUUGAAAGAGAAAGCGUGAUUUAAGAUCCACACCCACACCGUCUUCUACCUGCACAUCUCUACACACAAUUAGAAAAUGACUCAUCUAAUUUUAAAUAUAGCGUCUUCUCGGACGAGAUGGUCUUCUACAAAGUGAAAGUUUUUUUUUUUAAAUAAAGCGAUCUUCAUUUCCUGGUGGAUGCUGAAAGAGAAUUGCUGCUACUCAGACAGAUAUGAACAGCGGAAGAACCAAACAACACCACUAUCUAUAGGUUUGUGGAAUUCUAUGCCUAUAUAUUGUUUCUAUUCUGUCUUCAAGAAAAUCUUCUUCUUCUUCUUCCUGUUACUGCAGACAAACCCCCCAAAGCGGGAUAUAAUUGCUGCAGGCGUGUGUGGCUAGUGAUGAAUUUGAAUUAAUGAUGUGCCCCCCCCCCGGAUGAAAGUAGACAUUUGAAUUUUGUUUAGCCUUGUCUUAAAACCAUCGACCGGUUUAGCUUCACGUAUGUCUACUGGCAGCUGAUUCCAUUCUGCCAUAGUCCUUGGAAGGAAGGAGUACUUGAAGCAGUCUUUUUUUGGUUGUUGGUCGGGAGAAAGAAUUCUUUUUAAAGCAACUGUCAUUAUAUCAUCAUCGCCGUCUUGGCCUUAAACUAGUCACGUGAUUGAGACAGAGACUUGGAUCGUUGUUUUUUCCAGCGAGAACAAUCUUUGCGAAAAAUUACUUCACUUCUUCAAGACAAAUAGAACCGGAGCAUUAACCUAGAAGCACAUGAUACAGUUUGCAAAAAACAUAACUGGUCCUAUUUCGAUAUACCAGGAAAUUAUAUAAUCCUUUGUGGAAUUAUCUGCGGAGGGCCUUUCCACAGGAACGCCUCACAUGUCAGAUGACGGAUAUAAUAUAUGAAUAUACGUUUGUAAUCAGGUAAUUACGAUAUCUUCAGCAAUAUUUGUUAUUCUACCAUCGACUCUGCUGGGCUCACAAUUACUUCCUCCUUCUGGUAGUAAUCUUAUCCCUUCAUGACGUCAUUUAGUUCCAGCCGUGGAUCGGCAUGAAGAGCUCGUUCGUGAAUAUUUUCUGAGGCCGUAAAACAAAGUGGAAAGUUAUGGCGAGGUCUGGCCACGAGGAGGAAGUCUUCUUUUCUGCUUGUUUAUCCCCAUCCGAUUGUUACGUCACAAUGGCCCCAAUCAGUGGAACUUCCGAGUCGGCUGAAAAUUAUACUCCGGCGACGGAAAAAUCGGAGGAGCGACCGGCAAUCCGACCGGUGCCUGCCCAACGUCGCCGACGUAUCAGUCACCCAAAUAGACACAUAGGGUCUCGUUUUUCCCGCGUCAUGUCGCCAACACGUGAACCGGUAUCCGAUCGGGUAGAGUCAACCUACGACAACCUUGAUAUUUUAACCGAACCGAAACCGCAACCGCAAUCGCAAUACGAAUCACCGCCUUUAAGGAUACCGGAUCCUCGGAGGGCCGUGGAGAGUCAGUAUGAAAAUGUAGUCCUGAGACCGCCCCGGUUAUCACCGAGGAUGCAACCGCGAGCAAGCGACGCGGUCCUCACUCAACAUGUUACUCCACAGCCAGCUUUACCAAUCCGAACUCAGGUUAAAGAACUGCAUAGACUUCAGCCACAGAAAGACAGACGAUAUUCGAGAAAUGUAAGCUCGGACAUCCAACAGCAGUUGGAAGGUGUCGUAAUGCGGCGCAAGGAUCCGAUUUCAAGAAAUCCUCAGGGUCCAAAGAAAAUUACCGCUCAUGCGAGUCACCUCUUUGCCUCGGAUCCAGUUUUUCCGGGUUUCAAGAAAACCGGUGCGAUUGACUUCGACGCGCGGAUCUACCGUUGCAAUGAAAUCUCAAAAGAAAACAUAGGAAAACAGAGCCUGGUUAUGGGAGAAGAAAAUUUCGGGUGUGCCUAUGUCAACCAUCUUGGUGGAUAUUUGAAACUCAUGCGCCUUCAAGCGACUCUGUUCAUUCCUCCUCAUGCAAUACUCGGAGAUCCGGAACCGGUUGUACUUUACUUCAUGGCAAAGACAAGUCAGGUCGGAUACUCGCCGCUUGUCGGAUGCUUACAGCCGGAUCAGUUCCUUGUGAGUCCGAUAAUGUACAUCGGUAAACCGGGCUUCAAGUACAGCACCGUCGAUGUCGUUUUAUCGUUUCCCAUGGACGAGUCACACAGUACGGCGAGUUUCUUCAGUGUUCUCACCGUGAAAUCAUUUGAUACUGCUUUUUCAUCCGAGAACUCAAAAUGGCGGAUUCUAGCUCCCGGUCACGACUACUUUUUCACUGUCUGUGGUGGGCGUGGCGUUCUCAUGGUUUCCCAGUCAGCCUUCUACGUCAUCAGGGCGACCAAAGCAGCUCCGGAGUAUCAGAAUCUCGCGAUACCUCGCGAUACUUCGAAAAGAAAGAUUCGAGUUGCCCUUUUCGGCCGAUCUCUGCCGGAAUCUAACCGAGCAAAACUUCAUGUCGUGUUCUGCAAGGAUUGUGAUCAAGAGGUAGAGAGGAUUAUCGAAUCAGAGAAGCGAGAUUCAUUCCGUAAGCUAGACCACGUGAGGGCGCUGUCCAUCCAGACGUCUUCAGGUCAACCUAUCUGGGUGUCAUUCUGUCAGUUGAAGAACACAUCUUGGAUUCUCCAGACUAGUUCAACCGCGAAAUUCACACCGGACGAGCUGUUCAACUACGCUGAGCCGUAUCCACCCUCUGUGACCUUUGCCCUGUCAAAUCCGGCCACCAACCUCAUGUCCACCGAUGCGUUCGUCCAGUGCAUGGUUGUCGUCCACGAGGGAUCCUCAGCAAACUACCAGGAUGCUGACGUCACCACUUUUGUUCAGCUGGUGGGGGACGUCAUCGUGGCAAAGAGUGGCCAGUUCCAAAGUCAAUCACUUGGACGGGCAUCUGCAAAACGUCUACCAAUGCUGACUGUACCUCAAACUGUGGUUACCCCGCCCUCUAGUGAUGGGUCCGGUCAAACAUCCCUCUCAUCAAAUUCCUCACAGAUACCAUCACAUUGCCCCUCCGUGUCGCCGCAACCUGUUCCGGAUGUCGACCGGAAGUCGGUGGUGCUGUUGAACUCGUAUGACGCACAGACCGACACAGCGAAAGCCCGCUUUGAGGAUAUCUACGUGUCCUACAAAGGUCUCGCCGAACUCUGCUUGAUGCUGCAAGCUUCCAUGAGUGGAUCCAGCGAAAAAGACUGGAUGACCUUCGCCAAUAAGAUUGGUCUAUCAAUGGAACAGGUUGACAGGAUGUCCGAUCGUUACAAUUUCCAGUCCCCACUUUCCAUCAUCCACCUCUUCUUCGGCACCUGCCCGGCGGCGACGUCCUGCUGUCCGUCGACGUCUCCCCGUGAGAAAGCUCGAGCACUCCUCGUGCGCCUCAUCUCCGUCUUCCAGGAAAUGAAACGAAACGACCUGACCCACGUUGUCCGGCGCGAGCUGACACGCAUCGACCAGGAAAUCGACCGAUACAGCAAGUUUCUCUUCGAAGGCGGCCAAUUUGAGAUUAGAACAAACGUGGGUGGCGCUGUUACCACAAACCGGACACGUCCGCGACACUCGUUCAGCGACGGGGAUGUCACCGUUUUGACACCCUCAUCAGAGAGCUUUAAAGGGAGACUAAAUGACAUUGUCUGCUGGUUCAAGAGUAAAUCAUCUGAUGUCUUGAGGUUCACUGGAAGUAGUAAGGAAACGACUGCGGAACAGAUCUACGAAGUCCCGAGGUCGAAUUUCAGCGUGUUUGAAGACGGGAACACGUACGAAGCACUCGUCCCUCUCAAAGGGCGGAAAAACUCGAACAGCGAAAAGAGGAAAGAAAAGGCAAAACAAAAUGAAUAUAAUUAAAAACAGCAAGAAGCGGAUAACGAUCUGCAUUUCAAGCUGAUGACGUUCUCCCACGCACGAAUCUGUUGUCUUCUCUGGUUCAAAGCUCACAAAGCCGUGAAUAAUCGAUUUUUCGCACACGUAAUCACAAUCGAAUUAUGAAAGAUUACCACGUCUGACCUAGAUUAUACUGCAAGCAACAAAUGAUCUUCCUGAAGAUAGACAUGUAUAUUUGUAAAAUGCGUUGCUUAGGUCAUUCAUAUGAAUUUGAUGACUUGCAGAGAACAUAGCCGAUGAUGACUGUAUUCUUGUGUUUGUGUAUUGUAGGAAUCAAGGGAAAUCAGCAAUGACGAACACUACUGAAUCUGACAAGAAGAUAGAUUUUGAAAUAAAUCACUUGAAAGCAAACUGUCCUCUGACAGAAAACUUGGAGCCUGGGGAGGGGGGCUUCUGGGGUCUAGCCGCACACUGCAAAAACUCCGGUGUUGAUUUAACACCAGCUCGGAAUCUAUAUAUGUCCACACUAGAGAAGUAUUGAAACAACACCAGUUUGGAAUGAAACCGAUGCUGUUUUAAUACUAAUUGGUGUUGAAUAAACACCUAUCUGGUGUUAGACUAAUACCAAACCGGUGUUGUUUAACACUUCUCUGGUGUGGACAUAUAUACAACGUAGAUUCCGGGCUGGUGUUAAAUCAACACCGGAGUUUUUGCAGUGCAUGCUUUAUCGGCUUAUGUUCUCACAUCGGGUUGUCGCAUCGGAUCGGGCAAUCGCGAAACCUGCGCAUUGGAGAAAAUGGCCACCUAAAUUCCCGGGAUGUUGGGUACAGUUUACACGACCAUUCGAUAAUUUUCGCCAAACAUCGGGUAAACUGGACACGACGUUUCGGGAAAAUAUCUAUACCCUUCUUAAUAUGUGUUUAUUUCGUGUCUCCCACCAACUUUAAAACCCUUUCGCUACCCCUGUCUCACAUUGAGGGACAGGAAUAGAAGUCCUUGCUGAUGGCUGGUCUUAAAGGACAAGUCCACCCCAACAAAAAC